AUGCUUCUGUAUAGAUUGGGCCUCUCGCCAAUCAGGAGCCUUCAUUACACGGCCCGCAUACUCAACAGCCCCUUCCUAUAUCCUUCAUCCUUUUCUGAUCUUAGCUCAAAGAUAGACCAGCAUUUGAAAAAGGCUCCAACUGAAAAAACAGUCCUUGAUGCCUUGACCGCUUGCAGAGACUUCCAGCUGAAUGUACAUGAGGGAGAUAAGUUCGGCAAAGACCCAGUCAAUAAGCAAUUAAGCAGUGAGAUCAAGAAGAUUCUUCUGGAUGAAAACGUCACUUUUGACCAUGAUUUAUUGCGCAAAGCUCUUCUCCUAAAGCUUCCUUCAAAUUGGGCCACAAAGGUCAUCCUGACGUUCUACGAAAGAAAUCCAAAGGCUGUCAUUGAUAAAACUACGGCUCUUAUUCCAUUCCGUCAAAGUUUACUUGAUGGAGAUCUCAAGAACGCUUUGAAAAUCACAGAUAUCACUACGGGUCAUCCAAACUACAUUGCCCAAAAAGAUACAGAAAUGCGUCAUGGUAUUUACAAGCUUGCCGCUACUGCUAUUGGUAUUACAUUCUUCUCGAAGUAUGGAGUGAAUCAAAUUAUCGAAUGGGGUUGGCUCUCCUCUACUUGGAAGCACUUGGGUUCGAUUAAUGCUAUGAUUUUAACGUAUUUAUUGAAUUCGAGUUUCUUUGUUACCAUUGUCCGCUUUGGGCGUCAGAAAAGUGCUGCCGGAGGCGACUACUUAACGUGGCAAAAGGGUACUUUCUACACUCAUUGGUACAAGCAUGCAGAUGAGAUGAAUAUGUGUGCUAAAGUUAUGCAAGCAGAUGUGUGGCUCAAUGGAGGUCUCGAGAACACUCCAUCUUUGAUUGAGGAGUUAUGCAGAAGGGACGACUCGCUAGAUACUGGCAGAAACCCAGUAGCAAAGUUGAAUAGGGAUGGCAAGAAAGUUCGUUUGCUUGAGCCAAAGGAUAACAUGGAGGACUUGAAAAUGCAAGCUUACUGGAUGAGUGGCGGUGACGGCUUUGAGUGGGUUGAGCCUGAUCAGGAUCCAGCUGACAUCAUCUGGAGAGAGCAUUUAAAGAAACUCCAUGCUCCAGAGUUGAAUGGUUCGAACCAAAAAUCUCUUAAGUGGGCAGAGGAACUUAUCGAGCCUCCUCAACAAGUGUAA